UGCUCAAAGGAGUCCAAUGAACCGGAGGAGAGCACCUCGUCGCGUCUCUAACUCUCAGAGGAGGGAUGCACCAGCAAGAGGAGAGUGGAGACAAAGGAAUCAAGAGCAAUGGCAAGGCCAAGGCAAAGCGCUGGAGAGAGAGGCAGCAGAGAAUGACACAGUGCCCAGGGGGGCCUGCCAGACCAUGUGCCCUGCUCGUGAGCUGCGGGACCGUGAGGUGCAGAACCGUCUUCAUCAUUUUGAGAUGUUAGCAGGCACGGAAAGAGAUCGACGGCCCAGGGGCGACCCCUUGCGUGCAGUCAAAGAGUACUCCAGACCAGCAGCUGGCAAAGACUCAACGAAUCCCACUGACCUCCGUUCACCUGAUGUGUUGCUGAAAACUGUGAGUUACCUUAUUGAUGACAUCGCUGCCUCCCCUCAUCUACAUCCUUGGACAGAGGUGUACAGCUUUGUCUUCGAUCGGCUGCGUGGUGUGAAGCAGGACAUGAUCAUUCAGAGGAUGUCUGGGUUGAACUGUGUGGCCAUUUUGGAAAAGACAGUGCGUUUCCUCAUCUAUGCCUCUUAUCGGCUUUGUGGUGAGCCCCUGAGGCUCUAUGACCCGUGCAUUAAUGACACACACCUCCAGGAGAAUCUUAGCUGGCUGCUGGAUUGCUAUGCAACCGGAACAGGACCACAUCCCAACCAGGAAGAGUUCCAGGCUCUUGGUCUGCUGUACAACUUGGGUUCAACUCGUGCCACACAGCACAUCAUGGAGCUCCCUGAGCGGCUCCGCAGCUCUCCUGCCAUCACACUCGCUCUUUCCAUCAACAGAGCUUUUCUGGAGCGAAACCCUGUGUGUUUGCUCCGAUUGGCUCAGAGGUUGAACUUCUUGCAGAGCUGUGCUCUACACCGUCACCUUGUGGCAUGUCGUAGAGAUCUGCUGCUAAUAUACAGCCACGGAUACAACAGCCGCAGCUGUCGCUUUCCUCUUGACAGACUGGCACAGCUCUUGUCCUUGGACGAGUCGCUCGCAGCUCAACUCUGUCAGGCAUAUGGACUGGAGGUAAACCAGGACAACCAAGUUGUUUUCUCCAAGGCUGCUUUCGCUGACCCUGGACAAGGGAAACUCUACUGCAAUCUGUAUCACAACAUAGUGGCUGAGAAACAGAGAGCCCUCACUAUUGGGAACAUCAUUCACGGUUGCUCUUGAGACAAAUCAAAGGUGUUAAUCAGUAAUACCAGUAAUGUCAUCCUCUGUUGGUAUUCACUGGGAAACUGUCUGUUUGUUCCUGUCCCUCCACGCAGUGGACAGUGCAGCUUGCAGGGAUUUCAAGUCUUGUUUCAGGACACAUCAGCAGUGAAGCUAUUUUGUCAUUAAGUGAUCUUUCUACUCAUUUUUUAUAUAUUGGAUUUGAGCCUUAAGGCUUCCUUCUAGGAUGCCCAACACUGGUAUGUUUUUUUUCAAUGACAUGUUCAACACAAGGGUCAGGGUUGUUGUUGAACGAAGUGUCUGCCAUGCUCUACCUGAGGGAGGCGGAGCUCAGAAAGAAGAUCCCUGCAUGUGGUGCCUGAGUUACUGUUAUGCUGUCACUCAAGUUGUUACUGUUUUAAAUGUUAAAUUAAUGGCGUAUUGUACGAAGUAUUUCAGAAAACCAACUGGAGCACCUGUACUUCAAAAGCAUUUCAAUAAAUUUUGC